AUGCAGUAUAACACAUUCUGCGUUCUUCUGCUAGCAAUCAGCGAGCCUCUACUCACCCACGCGAAUAAAGUAGUGCUGGUGAUUCCACAGCAAACAAGACGCAGCCUCGGACCGUCAUCGUGGCGACUUUCUUCAACGCGUUAUAGAAAAUCGCCCCACGCCGGCGAGGUUCAUUAUCACAAGUAUCACACCACUCCCGUGUAUUAUCGCUCGAAGAAACCUAUCCACGAAACUCCACCGGCUCCUCAUGGAGGGGAUGACUUUGAUCAAGGCUACGAACAUGUGAACCACGUGCACAUCCCUUACGGGAAGGGCAUCAAUCACGGAGUGUCCUUCGGGAAAGGUUACAUCCCUUACGAUCAGAUUAAGGGUAGCUUCUCGCUCGGUCGCGAAAGGAAUCCAAGCUCGCACAAGCAAACGUCGGAUUAUUCGUCGCCCCCGUUCUCUUCGUCCGACACCGAUUAUUCACCAUCGUCGUACGAGGCCCCGCAGCCGGAGACCUUCUUCCCAGAUCCGGAAACUGCCCUGAACUACGACGAGAGGCAAGACGAUCGCAACAAGUUCUACUCGUCAAGAUCGAUCGAGAAGGAUCUCCUUGUGAAUAAUCCAGUCGAGCUGAGCGCGGCCAAGGAUCAGAUUCUCCUACUGCAGCAGAAGGCCACCGAUCUCUACAAGAACGUCGUCUCUCAGCCGCAAGGUGGCGUCCUGUUACCGGCUGGCGUCCCGUCGCCAACCAUCGGCGGCAGCAAAGAGGGAAUCGUGUUGAAAGACACGGUGGCACUGGACGAGUAUCAGCAGAAACUCCAGGAGAUGACCAAGUCGUGGCCACAGUUCUUGUCGAACGCAGCCAACGCUUUGGGAAACAGUUACCAAAGCCAGCAGGUGACCGCCAGUUACACGACCGAUGGCUCCGCCACUUCCGGUAGUCUUAACGGCUGGUCAGCGAGUUUCGCUCAGCCGAAGCAAGGCUACGACGUCAAGGAAGACAACGUGGAACCGCCGCACGAUUUCAGAACCGCGCCUAUUCACAGUCCGCCUUAUCACGCGUUCUCUGUUCCGGGGAACGUGGCACUUCCGGCUGUCGCGCAAACGGUUCACGGUUAG